AUGACUCCAUUCGAUGUUGUUCGUAUUCGUAUGCAGUCUGAGAACAGACCAUUAACAAAAGCAAAUUGUUUUGUCUAUAGAAUAGGAUUGAUGGAUCAUGUUUGUACAUGUUUCAAUAAACUUGAUUCCGUUCCCUGGUACAAUCGACAAAUUAAAGGAAAAUACUCUAGUACAGUUGAUGCUCUGGUGAAAAAAAUGAAAUGUGUUUUAGGAUACCAUACUAAAAAUCCCAAUCCUGUUAUUCCAGCAUUUGCAGGAGCCAUAGCACGGAUAGCUGCUGUUGUUGUUACUAGUCCGUUAGAAUUAAUACGAACAAAAAAAAUGUCAGAAAAAUCAUCAUAUACAGAUUUAGGAAAGAAGCUGAGAUCAUCUAUUGAAUUACAUGGUUUCAAAACUGCUUUUUACUGUGGUGCAAUAGCAGGUGGACUGGCAACCGUGCUUACUCAUCCAUUUGAUACUGUUAAAACGUACCGACAACUUCAUUUGGGCCAAAUGAAUAUUGGAAAAACAAGACAAGAAGGAACACUGAAAAUAUUGAAGUCAUUAUUAAAGUCAGGUGGAAUAGCUAGUCUCUAUAAAGGUCUUGCUCCAAGAUUGCUAAAAGUUUCACCAGCAUGCGGUUUAAUGAUCGGUAGUAUCGAGUUUUUUCGGGGCUUCUUCUAA